AGAACGGACGACGGAGGUAGGGAGACAGAGAAAUUCAUUACAUACUACAGUGUUUUGGUCUGUGGACGAACAUUUCAUACAUUCAUGCGCCAUACACAUGCUCAUAGCUCUACGCCAUAGUUCCCGCCAUUUUCCCCCAACUUCACCACCAAAAUUUGUGCGACUCUGUGGUGGCAUGUUCACCAUUUCUUCUUCCUCUUUCUCUUGCUUCCUCAAUCUUCUGUCACUCAACGCCACUGCCAGAUUCUCCUCUUCUUUCUCUCUCCUCCCAUACAAUUCCCAUUUCCCUGCAAAUUUAAAGCUUCGAGCCAUGUCUUCUCUACCUUCCGCUUUUGACAAACUAAUGUCCGGCGCUCGUCAAAAUGCCACUGCCAAGAAGAAAUCCCAAACCCCCAGCAAAAGCAACGCCAAUUCUUCGUCUUCACCAAGAAAACGAAAAACCUUAAACCCAUCUCCCCCAAUUUCGGAAAACCCUAAACCCACCUCGAUUUCUGUCGAGAAACCCUUAGAAGCUGAUUCGGGUGUAGAAUCAGAUACCCAGAAGAGUGAAUUGAAAAGCCAUGUUACCAAGAAAGCUAAGGAAGAUCCUAACCCCGCUUCGGUUUCUGUGGAGAAACCCUUAAAAUCUGAUUCGGGGAUAGAAUUAGAUACCAAAAAGAGUGAAUUGAAAAACCCUUUUGCUAAGAAAUCUAAGGUGGAUGUUAAUGUGGAUAAAUUUGUUGCCAAUUUGAAGGAAAAACCGGCAAGUUUUAAACCUAAUUCGGCGGCGUGGUGGGAGGAUGGUGAUAAGGUUCCAUUUCUCUUUCUUGCCAGGGCGUUUGAUUUGAUUAAAGGAGAAUCGGGUAGGAUUGUGAUUACUAAUAUUACUUGUAAUGUGCUGAGGACUGUGAUGGCGACGACUCCUGAUGAUCUUUUGGAGGUUGUUUAUUUGUUGGCCAACAAGAUUGCACCUGCCCAUCAAGGGUUGGAACUCGGACUUGGUGAUGCUUCGCUUAUUAAGGCGCUUGCCGAGUCGUGUGGAGCCUCUGAAGCAGUUGUUAAGACUUCAUAUCGGGAUUUAGGUGAUCUUGGUGAUGUCGCCAAAGUACUCCGUUCUAAGCAAAGUAUGAUGUUUCAACCUCCACCGCUGACUAUUGCUAAAGUUUUCAAUACAUUCCAACUCAUUGCUCAGGCAUCUGGAAAGGAUAGUCAAGAAAGGAAAAAAAAUUACAUCAUGUCACUUAUUGUGGCUGCCAAAGAUUGUGAACCUGUAUAUUUGAUGCGGCUACUUCAGGCAAAAUUGCGGAUUAGUUUGGCAGAGAAAACUCUCCUUACUGCUCUGGGACAAGCUGCUGUGUAUUCUGAAGAGCAGUCAAAGCCCCCUUCUGAUAUUCAACUAGAGGAGGCUGGAAAGAUUGUCAAAGAAGUAUAUUCUGUGGUUCCCGUUUAUGAUAAAAUAGUCCCUGCCCUUCUCCAUGAUGGUGUGUGGAAUCUGUCGAAGACCUGUAACUUUACACCAGGUGUUCCUAUAGGGCCUAUGUUAGCAAAACCAGCAACUGGAGUUUCAGAAAUUAUAGAUAAGUUUCAAGAUAUGGUGUUUACCUGCGAGUACAAGUACGAUGGAGAACGUGCUCAAAUCCAUUUCAUGGAAGAUGGUUCUGUUGAGAUAUACAGCCGAAAUGCUGAAAGGAACACGGGGAAGUUCCCUGAUGUCGUUGCUGCACUUUCUAGGUUCAAGAAGCCAUCUGUAAAUUCUUUCAUUUUAGAUUGUGAAAUUGUUGCUUAUGAUCGUGAGAAGCAGAAGAUUCUUCCUUUUCAGAUACUUAGCACCCGAGCUCGCAAAAAUGUCAAAGAGAGUGACAUAAAGGUUGAUGUUUGUGUCUUUGCUUUCGACAUAUUGUAUCUGAAUGGAAAGCCACUUCUUCAGGAACAGCUUAAUGUUCGUAGGAAGCAUCUUUACGAUUCAUUUGAAGAAGAUUCUGGGUAUUUUCAGUUUGCUACAAUACUCACGUCUAAUGAUCUUGAAGAAAUACAGAAGUUUCUUGAUGCGGCUAUCAAUGCUAGUUGUGAAGGAUUGAUUAUCAAAACGUUAGAAAAAGAGGCUACCUACGAGCCUUCAAAGCGAUCUAAUAACUGGCUUAAAUUGAAAAAGGAUUACAUGGACAGCUUUGGGGACUCUCUGGAUCUGGUGCCAAUUGGAGCAUUCAAUGGUCAUGGGAAACGAAAAGGUGUAUAUGGUGCUUUUCUCCUUGCUUGUUAUGACAGUAACAAUGAAGAGUUCCAGAGCAUAUGUAAAAUCGGUACUGGUUUUUCUGAUGCAGUGCUUGAAGAACGUUCUUCCAGUCUUCGAACUAAAGUGAUUUCAGAUCCAAAGCCAUACUUUCGAUAUGGAAAUACCCUAAAACCAGAUUGCUGGUUUGAGCCCUCUGAGGUUUGGGAGGUCAAAGCAGCUGAUUUAACUAUUAGUCCUGUUCACCGUGCUGCAGUUGGUGAAGUAGAUUCUAACAAGGGAAUUUCACUCCGGUUUCCGCGUUUGGUUCGUCUUAGAGAAGAUAAAGCUCCAGAGGACGCAACAUCAUCUGUUCAGGUUGCAGAAAUGUACAGAGCUCAAGCAAACAAUCCACACAAAAAAAAGCAAGAUGAUCUGGAAGAUGACGACUGAUCGAUACUGUGUCUCUAAUUCCUAUACUGGGGCAAGUCUUCUGUUUGAAAUUCUUGUUGGGAGUCAAUACUGAUAAACAGGCAUAUACUUGAGGCUCAUUUGGAUCAAGAUAAGAUGCUCAGACGCAGAAAUCGCAUCCACGGCAUUUGAUCAGAGUUUGACAGAUAUCUGGUAAUUCGUUACCAAAACUAUGGAUCAAAAAAUACAACCGGAUUCUUAGACAUUUCUAGUUUUAGCAGUCAUGUAAUGUAUACUUUGGUAUCACCAACAAGCCUUUCUGUUUUCAAUGGCGUUCUUGGUUACCGCUGUCUGUACCUGUAAUAGUGUAAUCAAGUCUCGUUCGUCAAUGAGUUGUAAUUUACCAGCCACUUAUGUUGAAUAUCAUUGGCAUGGUCCUGUAUUUGAUUCAUUUUUAAACCUUUUUCGGUGCUUCUAUUUUAUCAUGUAAUGCUAAUGUUAACUCAUUUUCGGUGCUUCA